GUUUAGUUAUCUAUUGCUACAUGACAAAUUAUCUCAAAAUGUAGUGAUUUAAAACAGUAUCUCACACAAUUUUUGUCAGAGGGGAUAGGGAAGUUAUUUGGCUUGAGUUUCUUAUGAGGUUGCAGUCUGAUUGCAGUUGGAGAACUCACUUUCAAAGUGGCUCACUCAUGACUGGCAAGGCAAGUUGUUUCUAGCUUUUAGAGGAAAGACGUAGUUCCUCCCCACGUGGGCCUCUUCACAGGUCUGCUUUGAGUGUCCUUAUGACAUAGAGGCCAACUUGCCCCAGAAUGAGUGAUUCUAGAGACAUCAAAGUGGGAGCUACAGUGUCUGUUAUGGCCUUUUACUUCUGCAGUGUUGUAUUGAUUAUUCUCACAGGCCAGCAGUGAUUCCAUGUGGUAAGGAAUUGCACAAGAGCAUGAAUAUCAGGAAGUGAGGAUCAUUGAAACCCAUGUUAGAAGCCAGUAUGUGAAUAUGUAUCUAAAUCGUAAACAGUACCUAUUUACUCAGUAUGCAGUAUAUACACAGCUCAUUGUGAUUUUGGAAAGAAUAUUCAAAGAUUAACUUAAAAUGCCACUUGAAAAUUAAUGUACCAAACAAAUCAAGCACUUUGACAAAUUCUUAAUCUCCAUGGUCCUUUGGGAGGGGGGUAUGAUUCUGAGUUGAGACGUAGCACUUAAGAUACAGAUUUUAUUUAUUUAUUUUUUGUUAUUUAUUAUGAGAUGAAAGGAGGAAACACCACAUUUUACAGAGUUGCUAUUUCAUGUUCUUUAGGGACAUUAUUCAUUCACCCUUUAUUACCAUAAAUGGGGCAUAAUUCACAUGAUUUUAAAAGUAUAGGUAAGUAUACAGAUAGUCCCCAAAUCAUGGUAGUUUGACUUUAUGACUUUUCAACUUUACACUCGUGCAAAAAUGAUACACAUCCGAUAAAAACUGGACUUCUAGUAUCCAUACAACCAUUUUGAUUUCUCCUUCCAGUAUAGUAUUUAAUAAAUUACAUGAGCUAUUCAACACUUUAUUAUAAAACACGCUUUAUAUUGGGUGAUUUUUGCCUAACUAUAGGCUAAUAUAGGUGUUCUGAGCACAUUUAAGGUAGGCUAGGCUAAGUAAUGAUGUAAAUAAUAGUGAAUCAACAUGAAUGUACUUAACACUACUAAACUAUACACUCAGUGGUUAAGACAGUAAAUUUUGGCCAGGCUCAGUGGCUCAUUUCCAUAAUCCCAACUCUUUGGAAGGCCAAGGCCAGAGGAUUGCUUGAGCCCAGCAAUGCUAAAUGAAAUGUUGAAUACAUUUCAACUUACGGUAUUUUCAACUUAGGAUGAGUUUGUGUGGAUAUAAGCCAUAAGUCAAGGAAUAUCUGUAUGAUGAAAAGACUCCUUUUCCUGGGCCCUCAUCCAUCCAGUUACCACCUGUCUCCUAGGAAGUAAUGUUUAGUUUCGUUGUGUGUUCUUUCAGAUAUGUAUUGUACAUAUGCAAAUUAAUAUAUAUUUUCCCUCUUUUAAUAUAAAUGAUAGCGUAUUAUAAACACUAUUCUGUGCCUUGCUUCUUUUAGUUAAUACAUGUUAGCACUUUAAAAAUCAAUGUAUAGACUUAAUUCAUUAUUUUUACCAACUGAGAAUAGUCUAUUGUCAUUCAAUUUUUAUAAUGUUUAUUGACUGUUUACCGUGGGUCAGGCACUUUUCUAGGAGCUGGGGAUUUGAGAGCUAAAAUGACAGAUGAGGUCUCUCUGUUAUAGCGAUUACCACCCCUGGAGUCACAGUUCAAUUACAAUAAAGCAAGGUAAGUUCUAUGAUAGAGGAAGUAUAGCAUGUCGUGGGAGUUCACAGGAAGGAGGUGUAUAUGUGAGUGUUAGGGGAAUGGUGGAAUGGUCCUGGAAGACUUCCCAAAAGGGAUAAAAUCUGAGACCUGGAGGAUAAGUAGGUACUUGUCAGGUCAAGUUAGGAUUUAGUGUUUGAAACAGAAGGAAUAAAAGAGUGGCUCUCAAAAAAUGCAUUUAAAAAUUAUUGCAAAGCUAUAGUAAUCAAAAUAGUAUGGUACUGGCAAAAACAGACAUAUAGAUCAAUGAAAUUGAAUGGAGAGCCCCAAAAUAAACACUAGUUUAUACGGUCAAACAGUGUUUGACAAGGGUGCCAAGACGACUCAGUCAGGAAAGGAUAGCCUCUUCACCAGAUAGUGUUGGGAAAAACUGAUAUCCCUAUGUGAAAAAAUGAAGUUGUAUAUCUUAUACCAUACACAAAGAUUAACACAAAAUGGAUUAAAGACCUAAAGGUAAGACCUAAAACUGUAAAGCUCCUAGAAGAAAACAUAGGAGAAAAGCUUUAUGACAUUGAGUGUGGCAAUUUCUUGGAUAUGACAGCAAAAGCACAGACAAUAAACACAAAAAUAAAAAAUAGGAUUGUAUUAAUCUUAAAACUUUCUGUGCAUCAGAGAAUACAAGAGUGUGAAAAAGCAAACUAUGGAAAGGGAGAAAAUAUUCAUAAAUCAUGUGUUUGAUAAGAGGCUAAUACCCAGAAUAUAUAAAGAAAGAGCUACUCUUACAGUUCAAUAACAACGAAAUAACUGAAUUUUAAAAUGGGCCAAGGACUUAAAUAGACAUUUUUCCAAAGAUGAUAUAUAAAUGGCCAGCAAACAUAUGAAAAGAUAUUGAGGCCGGGUGUGGUGGCUCACGCCUGUAAUCCCAGCACUUUGGGAGGCCGAGGUGGGUGGAUCAUGAGGUCAGGAGAUUGAGACCGUCCUGGCCAACAUGGUGAAACCCCGUUUCUACUAAAAUACAAAAAAUCAGCUGGGCGUGGUGGUGCACACCUGUAGUCCCAGCUAUUCAGGAGGCUGAGGCAAGGGAAUCGCUUGGACCCGGGAGGUGGAGGUUGCAGUUGAGCCAAGAUCGCACCACUGCACUCCCGCCUGGAGACAGAGCAGACUCCAUCUCAAAAGAAAAAAAAUGUUGAAGAUCACUAAUCAUUAGGUAAAUACAAAUCAAAACCACAAAGAGAUACCUAACCUUACACCCAUUAUGAUGGCUACUAUUAAAAAAAAACAAAAGUUUCAGCAAGGAUGUAGGGAAAUUAGAAACUUCUUGGGCACUGUUGGUAGGAAUGUAAAAUGGUUCAGCCCCUGUGGAACACAGUAUGGCCAUUCCUCAAAAAAAGUUUAAAAAAUUACUCUCUAAAUUCAGCAAUCCUGCUUUUGGAUAUUUCCAAAAGAGUUGAAAGCAGGAUCUCGAAGAGGAAUUUGCACACCCAUGUUGAUAGCAGCACUAUUCAUGAUAAUCAAGAGGUAGAAACAACCUAUGUGUGCAUCUAUGGAUUAAUGGAUAAGCAAAAUACAGUAUCUACAUAGAAUGAAAUAUUACUGAGCCUUAAAAAAGGAAAUUCUGACACAUGCUAUAACAUGGAUGAAUCUUGAGGACAUUAUGCUGAGUGAAAUAAGCCAGUUAUAAUAAAAAGACCCAUACAAUAUGGUUCCCCUUACAUGAGGUAUCUAAAGUAGUCAAAUUCAUAAAAGCAGAAAAUAGAAUUGUUGUUUAAUGGGUAUAGAGUUGCAGUUUGCAAGAUGAAAAGUUCUGGAGAUUGGUUGCACAACAAUGUAAAUGUACUUAACACUACUGAACUGUACACUCAGUGGUUAAGAUGGUAAAUUUUGGCCAGGCUCAGUGGCUCAUUCCUGUAAUCCCAACACUUUGGAAGGCCAAGGCCAGAGGAUUGCUUGAGCCCAGUUGUUCAAAACCAGCCUGGGCCACAUAGCAAGACCCCUUAAAAAAAAGAUGGUAAAUGUUAUAUGCUUUAAAAAAAAUUAAAAAAGGACUAUAGGCUGGGCACAGUGGCUCAUGCCUGUAAUCCCAGCACUUUGGGAGGCCAGGGCAGGAGGAUCGUUUGAGGCCACAAGUUCAAGACCAACCUGGGCAAGAAAGUAAGACCCUGUCUACAAAAAAAAAAUUUUUUUUUUUUUAAUUAGCUAGGCAUGUUGGCACCCACCUGUAAUCCUGGCUACUCAGGAAGCUAAGGCAAGAGGAUUGCUUGAGCCCAGGAGUUAGAGACGUCAGUGAGCCAUGAUUGUGCCACUGCAUUCCAGACUGGGUGAUGGAAUGAGACCUUGUCUCAAAAAAAUAAAAAGGACUUUAAACUUCUAGAAACAUGAAGCAUAUGUACAUUUUUUACAUUUUAUACUGUCAUGUAAGCCAUGUUUCUAAAUCAGGGGUGUCCAAACUUUUGGCCUCCCUGGGCCACAUUGGAAGAAGAAUUGUCUCAGGCCACACAUAAAAUACACUAACACUUAACUAUAGCUGAUAAGCUAAAAAGGUCCAUGCAUAAAUCUCUUAAUGUUUUAAGAAAGUUUACGAAUUUCUUGGGCCACAUUCGAAACUGUUCUGGGCUGUGGGUUGGACAAGCUUAUUCUGAAUAUUGAAAAAGAUACUGAUUUAAAAAUUAGGUCAAAGGUGUUGAAUCACUAGGUAUCAUGCAGAGGCAUAGCAUUUUGAGUUUGAGUAUAAUUUAACAGAAAAUUAAAUUCUAUCCACAAAAUUAAUAGCAUAUGUAAAGGCACUGAGAUGGGAGGGAGCAAGUCUUGAAUAGUGGACAAUUGCCUAGGUUUUGCUUAGCUGGGACAGAAGUGUGAAUAAGAUUGAAGGAAUGGGUCUAUUUUAUGAAGGCUUUAUAUGGCUAACAGCUUGGAUUUCAUGUCUAAGAAAAUGAAUAUCACAAUUAUAGCAGUAAUAAGAGCACUUCUUAUACGCUAAGUUAACACUGAGCUAAAGAGCUUUCCAGGGAUUAUCAAAUGUACUUUUCUGAGCUUCCAGCAGGGAACAUGCUCCCUGCUUUUUCCUGUGUAAAAUUAAUUGGCUCUUGGAGAAGGUGAAGGUAGUGAAAAUAGGUUGUUGACAUAGUUCAGGUAUAAAAUAGGCAUGAAUUAAAGACCAUUCUGAAAAAUGCACAUUUGUAGACUUUAUUAAACUGCUCCAAAAUGAAAUCGCACAAGUACAAACUUGUGUAAUUAGGAAGAUGAUGGUGCUGUUGACAGUAAUGAAGGAAAAAAAGGAAAUUCAGAAAAUAAUAGCAGUGCUUGACAGACUUUACAGCAUUUCUUGUAUUGGAGUGAUAUUCUGACAACAGAGGUACUGUGAAAUGGAAAGUGAGGAGAGGUGUAGUAACAGCUUAUGGUUUAUCAGUAUUUUGGAGGGUGCCUAUGUUUUGUAGAGAUUUUUUACAGUAAUUAAGCAAUACCUUAUUUUGGUUCUUAUUCUAUUACGUGCUUCAGAAUCUACAAAAAUAUCUAGAGUUAAUUCUCUCUUACAGAAUUAACACCUCAGCAAAGUUAUUUUGUUCUUUCAUGAUAAGCAUUAUUAAUAUUGUUGUUUUGUUACCAUCUUAACCUUAAAACAUGAGAGGGGAUGGCCAUUGAAGGGUUGUAGGAGCUGGGGGAAGGUCUGCUGUAGGCUGUACCCCAUUUUUCUCUGUAAAGUAUCUUGAUAUCCUCAACAUUAAUUCUAGUUUACUUUGUCCAUCAAGGGAGUUAACCCUUGUGCAAGGCUACUUUCUGUCACCAUUCUUUCACAGAUUUUGGAAACUGAUGUGCACAGAUACAUGCAUGGUCUGUGUCCAGGGUGAACCCUUUUCUUAAAAAGCAUCUUUAAAUAAAAGUACUCAGCUAAAGUGUUGGUGACUUCCUGUGUAAUAGUUUGAUCUUAUCUUUUAAAUACAUAGGCAUGAUUGAAUUUGCAUCUGAGUGAAUUUUUUGCAUAUGUGCUUUUUCUUAUGAUUUUACUUUUGGAACAGUCUUAAUAAAAUGGGCAAAGAAAAACAUUAAAAUUCCAUGGGAUUUUUUUUAAUGGGAAAAAUUUGUUUCUACUGACUGUGAUUAAAAUUUGUUUACAGAUAUUCAGUUAAAUUGGAACACACUAGGAAGUAUAGAAAAAUGUUUGGCUAGUAUGUAUAGUACAGCAUUGUUAUGUUAACUUAUGUAAAAACCAGUCUUUAUUUGAAAAUCCAACUCUAUAGUAAGUUAACAGCAUACUAUUUAUUUUUUAAAUGCUGAAAAUGUUAAAUUACUAAUUUUUAAAUAUAUUGGUUAGAUUUUAUUUUGCAAAUAAUGAUUUGAUUAACUUAAUAUGGGUUUAAUUAUGCUGUAAAAAUUAUUUUUGCUUAUUUCACUUUAUUUCUAGUAGUAUGUUUUAGCAUAUGUAAAAGUUUAAGCAAAAUCAUUGUCAGUCAUUAAAUGAAGAAUGAUAGCUACAAAUAAAGAUACUUUGAGAAAGGUACUUUCUGAUGAAAAUUGAUGUUUCAAAUAAGCUGGAAAGAAAUACAUGGUGGGAUAGUUAACAGUUAGUUAUUCCUCAUCUUGUGUUUCACCUCUCUAAUCAUUCUGAAUAGCAAUGCAUUCAUUUUUAUCAUUAUUCUCAUGUCUUACCUUCUGCUGUAUAUAAAAAAUAAGCCAUGUUUUCUUUCUUCUUCCAAACUGUUAAUAAAAGCAAAACAGAAUGUGGUCAAUCUAGAUAAUUUAGAUGUUCUUUAAGUGUACUAUUCUGAUAUUUACUCUUAGGCUGAUUUUUUUCCCUUGCCAUCUAAAAUGUUUGUUUCAUUUCCCCCUAUCCAAUCAAUGUAUACACAGUGAAAUCAAACAUUUUAAUGUUAGGAAAAACAAAACAUUAGAAAGAUAUGUUUGAAAAAAAGCAGAUAUAUCCUAAAAGCAAAAUUUAGUUGUUUGGGAUUCUGUUUUACAUUAUCCACACAACUACUUCUUUCUAUAGAUAUGGUUAAUACAAUGAUAUAUGACUAAACCAGAAUAUUAAACUAUCAGUGAUGUUCACAGGUUUCAUCAAAAUAAGGAAAACUUCCUUGAUAUAUUUGUUUUCUGAACUAUCGUUUUGUCUCCUCAUAACUAAUAACCCUCAGGAAUUAUAUCUCCCUUUGCCAAGAGAAAAAACCUGUCUUUAGUAGGUCCUAUAAAGCAUCCCUUAGGUGCUUAAUAAUAGAAUUUGUGCACUAAAGCAUACUCCUAAUACAGCAAGAAUCCUGUCAUCAGCCCUGCACAUCCUAAAUUUGGGGACAGCCACAUCUGUAAUACUGUUUUUGGAUGUGUAACCCAACCUGCAGUACCUCUGUAGUAUUUCAUCCCACUUCAGAGCAUUUUUACCUCUUAGGAAUUAUUUUCUAGGGAGGAAUAGAUUGUUGUCUUUUAUGUUCUGUAUAUAGUUCCCCUUGUAUAUAGGUUCACCACGGCCAUUUAUUGAAUUAAAAUCCCUGUUUUAUAAUGUCUGUGUCACCCAAAACAAUCUACAGAUUCAAUACCAUUCCUAUCAAAAGACCAAUGACAUUCUUCACAGAAAUAGAAAAAAGAAAAUCCUAAAAUUCAUGUGGAACCACAAAAGACCCCAAAUAACCAAAGCCAUCUUGAGCAAAAAACAAAGCUGGAGGUGUUCUACUACCUGACUUCAUAAUAUACUACAAAGCUAUUGUAACCAAAAUAACAUGGAACUGGCAUAAGAACAGACACACUGACUAAUGGAACAGAAUAGAGAGCCCAGAAAUAAUUCCACACAUUUACAAACAACUGUUUGUUUGUUUGUUCAUUUGUUUGUUUUUUGAGACAGAGUCUCACUCUGUUGCCCAGGCUGGGGUGCAGAGGUGUGAUCUCACCUCACUGUGGCCUCUGCCUCCAGGUUCAAGCGAUCCUCCUGAGUAGCUGGGAUUACACGCAUGCACCACCAUGCCUGGCUAAUUUUUGUAUUUUUAAUAGAGACAAGGUUUCACCAUGCUGGCCAGGCUGGUCUCCAGCUUCUGGCCUCAAGUGAUCCACCCACCUCAACCUCCCAAAGUGCUGGGUUUACAGGUGUGAGCCACCAUGCCCAGCCCUACAACCAACUGGUUUUUGACAAAGGCGACAGUAAUACACAAUGGGGCAAGGACAUUCUCUUCAGUAAAUCAUGUUGGGAAAACUGGAUAAACUGCAGAACAAAAUUAGACCCUUAUCUCUCACCAUAUACAAAAAUCAAGUUGGGUUAAAAAAAAAAGUAGGACCUGAAACUAUGAAACUACUAGGAGAAAACAAGAAAAGCUAUGUGACAUUGAUCUGCACCAUGAUUUUGUAUCUAUGAUCUUAAAAGCACAGGCAACAAAAGCAAAAAUAGACAAAUGGGGUUAUAUGAAACUAAAAAGCUUCGCACAGCAAAGGAAACAAUUAGCAGAGUAAAGAGACAACCUACUUACAGGAUGGGAGAAAAUAUCUGCACACCAUACAUCUGAUAAGGGCUUAAUAUCUAAAAUAUAUAAGGAACUCAACUCAAUAGCAAGUAAACAACUUGAUUUUAAAAUGUGCAAAAGACCUGAGUAGACAUUUCCCAAAGGAAGACAUAAAUGGCCAACAGGUAUAUGAAAAAAGGCUCAACGUCACUAAUCAUCAGGUAACUGCAAAUCAAAACUACAAUGAGAUAUCAUCUCACUCCUGUUAGAAUUGCUAUUAUCAAAAAGACAAAAGGUAAGUGUUAGAGAGGAUGUGGAGAAAAGGGAACACACUGUUGGUGGGAAUGUAAAUUAGUAUAGCCAUUAUGGAAAACAGUAUGGAGGGUCCUCAAAAAAUGAAAAAAAUAGAACUACCAUAUGAUUCUGUAAUCCCACUACUGAGUAUAUAUCCAAAGAAAAUGAAAUCAGUAUGUCAAAGAGGUAAGUGCACAUAAACAGCAGUAUUCACAUAGCCAAGAUAUGGAAUCAGCCUAGGGGUCUAUCAGCAGAUGAAGGGGCAAAGAAAAUAUGGUUUAUAUACAUAAUGGAAUGCUAUUCGCCUAUCAAAAAGCAAAAUUCUGUUCUUUGCAAUAACAUGGAUGAACCUAGAGGACACUGUGUUAAGUGAAAUAAGCAAAGCACAGAAAGAUAAAUGCUGCAUGAUCUCACCCAUUAUGUAAAACCUAAAAAGUAUAUCCCAUAGAAGUAGAGAAUAGAAUGGUGCUUACCAGCGGCUGGGGUGGUUUGAGAAAAUGACAGGAUGGAAGAAUGUUGGUCAAAGGAUAUAUAGUUAGGAGGAAUAAUUUCAAGAAAUCUGUUGUACAGCAUGGUGACUAUGGUUAAUGAUGAUAUGUUCUUGAAAAAUACAAAGAGUAGUAAGUGUUCUUACCACAAAAAUGACAACUAUUUGAGGCAAUGCAUUUGUUAAUUAGCUACAUUUAACCAUUACACAGUGUGUAUAUACUUCAAAACGUUAUAUUGUACAUAAUACAAUUUUAUCUGUCAAUUUGAAAUAAGCUACAUGUCUUUUUUUAAACCCACUUUUUUUUUUUUUUUUUUUUUUUAGACCGAGUUUUGCUCUGUCACCCAGGCUGGAGUGCAGUGGUGCGAUCUCCACUCACUGCAACCUCUGCCUCCUGGGUUCAAGCAAUUCUUCUGCCUCAGCCUCCCAAGUAGCUGGGAUUACAGGUGCCUGCCACCACGCCCAGCUAAUUUUUGUAUUUUUAUUAGAGAUGGGGUUUCACCAUGUUGGCCAGGCUGGUCUCAAACUCCUGACCUCAGGUGAUCCACCCGCCUCAGCCUCCUGAAGUGCUCGGAUUACAGGCAUGAGCCACCAUGCCUGGCCAAAAACCCACUCUUUUAUAGAUAACAACCAAAAAUAAAAACUUCUGUAUCAGAAUCAUGAUCAUUUUUGCCUUAUAUUUUAAACACUAUCAGUAUUGAGUGGUGAACCACUUGGGGUAUUUUGAGUUGAGCUUUGGUCCCUGUGCUUCAUUCAAGGUCUAGGAAGAAUAACGUAUGUAUUUACAUUAUUAUAGUUUUUUUUUUUAAAGUACAAUCUCUAAGAAAGAAAUCUAUAUAGCCGGAAAAGUUUUUUGAAAAAAGUUAAUGAGAGAGGAGAGGUAGAAUAUGUCAUGCAGGAGAAUUAAGACCUGUGGUUAAAAAAAAAAAAAAAAGUUCAGAAAGAUACUGAUUAAGGGCCAAUUCCAGGAGUCAGUCUGCCAGAGUUCUUCCUGGUUCUUCCUUUUAUUCUCUGUGGCACCUUGAACACUAAUUGCCUUAUAUGAACAUGGAUUCAUGUGUAUAUCUACCUCAUGGAUGUAUUGUGAAGAUACAUGAGAUAAUUCACAUGAAAGGGCUUAGUAUAGUGCCUGGCACAGAGUAAUUUGUAAGUCAGUAUCAACUGUGAUUAUUAUCAUCUUGAGUAAUACGUGGACAAUGUUUAUUUGGCUACUAUGCUUUGGAGACAGGAUGAUCCUUUGUAACUCAAGGGUAUGUGCUUAAGUGUUUAUUAUUAUGGCUGUUUGCCAUUUGAUGCUUAAAGUAGAAUCCCACCUACCUGCUAAUGGCUCAUUCCAAGUUAUAAAUGGUGCUUAUGUUUUGUAUUUUCUAAAAUUAAUAUUUUCAUAUUGCUAUGUGUAUCAGAAAUCACAGAAUUUGAAAUGAGAAAGAAUCUGAUUUUAUAGCAUUCAGAGACAAUUUUUAAUAACGUAUAUAAUUUUGUGUAUAUUUACUUGAUAAAAAAAGAAAUCGUAAAGUUAAAUCAGCUUCACUGUCACCUUGGCAGAUCUAUGGGCUUUUAAACCUCUUGUGUCUUAGGUUUUUAUUCGUAUAGCUUUUCUGAGACCUAAAGUGAAAAUAUAAAUAGUCAUAUGCUGUAUAACAUUUCAGUCAGUGAUGGCCCACCUAUGUAACAGUGGUCCCAUAAGGUUUUAAUACUGUAUUUUACUGUACUUUUCUAUUUUUAGGUACACAAAUACUUACUGUUGUGUUACAGUUGCCUACAGUAUUCAAUAUAUAACAUGCUGUAGAGGUUUGCAGCCUAGGAGCAAUAGGUUAUACCAUAUAGCCAGGAUGUGUAGUAGGGUUUACCAUUAUGUCUGUUUAAGCAUGUUCUAUGAAUGUUCACACAAUAACUAAAUCACCCAACAACACAUCUCAGAACAUAUUCCCAUCAAGCAAUGCAUGACUGUAAAUAAGUACAUAAAGUAUAAUAAAACUUUUUCCAAAUUUUUCUCCAGCUUGAGAUUUGCAGCUAAUUAAUUUGAAAAGAUUUGGCUUCGACAUCUGGGAGUAUCAUACCUAAGUAGUUUUUUUGUUUUGUUUUGUUUUUUUUGAGACAGAGUCUUGCUCUGUAGCCCAGGCUGGAGUACAGUGGCACCAUUUUGGCUCACUGCAGCCUCUGCCUCCUGGCUGCAACCCUCCUGGGUUCAAGCGAUUCUUGUACCUCAGCCACCCAAGAGGCUGGGAUUACAGGCACGUACCACCACACCUGGCUAAUUUUUGUAUUUUUUUUUUUUUUUUUAGUAGAGAUGGUUUCACCAUGUUGGCCAGGCUGGUCUGGAACUCCUGGCCUCAAGUGAUCUGCCUGCCUUGGCCUCCCAAAGUGCUGGGAUUACAGGCAUGAGCCACUGCACCCAGCCUAAAUAGGAUUUUUUAAAUCUCCUUUCACAGGGCUGGAAUGACUUCCUUCACAUUUAGAUAGUUAUGUUUAAUAUAGAUUAAACUGAGCCAGUUUUUUAAAAGUGUAACUGGAUAUAGCGCAUUUUUAUAAAUGUUCUUAGGCAAUCUGUUUUUUAAAGCACUUAAUAGCCAUGUGAAUGUAUUCUGUAUUUGAGGAGAGUAAGGUCAAGUGUGACUAUACUAGUUAAGAAAUAGAACUGUAGUUCUGCUUUUUAUUUUUCUUCUACAAAGCUUUUCUCAGAGAAAACAAAUGAAAAUGGUUUAACUGUAUUGUCGUUGAUAGAUUAGUUCAUUUAUUCAGAUUAUAUUUGAGGCCCUACUGUUUAUCAGCCACUAUUAUGGGACUGCCGAUGCAGGUAUGAACAAGUAAGAUAAGGCUGUUGACUUCAUAGUAUUUGCAUCCCAUUGAGAGAUGAUAGACAGGAAACAAGCAAAUAAAUAGGAAAAUUUCAAAGUGUAACAAAUGCUAGCAAGGAAAUAAUGUGAUGUUAUAGGGUACGUGGUAAGAGUUUGGCCCCAGGCAGCCUACUUAGACUGAUCAGAAAGAACUUUUGGUAGGGUUUGAUAUUACUGGAGGACGGGAAGAAAUCUGUCACACAGAGUUGACCAAAGAGAUUUUAAAUGUAGAGAAUAGCAAGAACAAAAUGCCUACAAUGCAAAAAAAAUUGGUGUAUUUGAGUUUGGAUAUUAUUCUAAGCUUUGUAUUAGAAUAUUUGUAUUUAGGAUAUAGCUAAGAUGUUGCUGUUUCUGCUGCAUCAGAAGAGGUCUUAUCCUUAGAGAAUAAUUAAGAGUGGAAAGUGACAGGACAAGCUUUAAGGAAAACCAUUGAUGGGUUUUUUGCAGUAUGUUAUGUUAUGUUAUGUUAUGUUAUGUUAUGUUAUGUUAUGUUGUGUUAUGUUAUUUUGAGACAGAGUCUCGCUCUAUCGCCCAGCCUGGAGUGCAGUGGCGCAAUCUUGGCUUACUGCAACUUGAACUUCCCAGGUUCAAGUGAUUCUCCUGCCUCAGCCUCCUGAGUACCUGGGACUACAGGCGUCUACCACCACACCCUGCUAAUUUUUGUAUUUUUAGUAGACACAGGGUUUCACCAUGUUGGCCAGGCUGGUCUCGAACUCCUGACCUCAAAUGAUCCACCCACCUCAGCCUCCCAAAGUGCUAGGACUACAGGCGUGAGCCACCGCACCCGGCCAUUGACAGGUUUUAGACAAAGGAAUGACAUAAUGUGUCUCUGGCUUGUCUGUGGAGGAUGAAUUAUGCAGACUCAAGAAUAGAAGCAGGAAUCAGUGGUGUGCUGGAGUGGGCUAUAACUGGUUAGAAUAAUAGAAGAGGAAAAGUGGCAGGUAUAGAUUUAGGACACAUCAGUUAACGGAUGCUAUUGGAGCUAUAGGACUAUAGGAGAUAACCUAAAGGGAAAGAAGAGAGGAGGGUUCCUGAUUGAACCUUGAAGUAAGGCUGACCCAUGGAUCGAAAAUCCACAUAUAAUUUUUGACUCCCCAAAAACUUUACUAAUAGCCUACUAUAGACUGGAAGCCUUACUGGUAACAUAAAUGGUUGAUUAACACAUUUGUAGGUUAUAUGUAUAAUAUGCUGUAUUCUUAUAAUGAAAUAAGCUAGAGAAAAGAAAAUAGUAAGAAAACCAUAAGAGAAAAUAUAUGUACUGUUCAUUAAGUGGAAGUGGAUCAUCACAAAGAUCUUCAUGAACCUCAUUGUCUUCACUGUGAGUAGGCAGAGGAAGAGGAGGAGAAAGAAGAGAGGUUGGUCUUGCUGUCUUGGGUAGGUAGUAGAAGUGGAAGAAAAUCCACGAAGAAACGGACCCAUGCAACUCAAAUGCAUGUUUUUCAAGAGUCAACUGUACCUCAGCAUUUAAAAUUGAAUAGAAAAGAGAAGCCAACAUAAACUGAAAAAAAGAGGCGAAGAGAUAACAAACCUUGAGAGGGAAGAGUCCCGGAAGCCAAAAACAAGGUAUUAAAUACGGCUGAGUUGAAUAAAAUGAGGGGCUACAGAAGUGACCUUUGGCUUUGGUUAAAGCACAUUAUGGGUGAUUUUUAUAUGGGUUUUUUUUCCUGGAGGGACAGUCCCAUAGGCAUUUCACGGAGUCUGAAGAGUGAAUAAAAGAUAAGGAAAAAAAGAGCAAAUAUAGAGAAAUCUUUCAGGUUUUGCUAUGAGAGAAUAAAGAAAUGGGUUGGCAGCCAGAGAGCCUGUGGGGGUCAAGGAAAGGCUAUGGGUUUUAAUUUUAGUUUUAGUUUUAGUUUUAGUUUUAGACCAUGAGAGAUUCGGGGGGUAGACUUUAGGCUGUAGACAGGAAAAGAAACUGAUAGUAUUGAAGGAGCCUGAGCUAAUAGACCUUGGGAAGGCAAGAGGAGACCAGAUUCAGAACACAGCAAGAGGGAGGCCUUUACUGGGAGGAAGGUCCUUUGUCCUUCAUAAUGGAAAGAAAAGUAGAAAAUAUGGGUAUAGGUGAAGAUAGGUUACAGAUUUGUUGGAGGGAAGGAAGGAACACACAAAUAGUUAUCUUUCAGGCUGUCUUUGAAUACUUCCAUGACCCUGAACACUAGCUGAGGAGAGUUUCAACCACUGCUAACAGUAAUGACUUUACAUGAGUUUGGAACUGGUCUCUAGUGGGAAGUUGUGGGAGGAUGAACACAGAAGAGCUGGAGUUAUUGAGUGACUCCAAAUACAGAAACUAUGUAGCAGCAAUUGACAAAGCACUAAAGAAUUUUGAAUACUCCAGUGAAUGGGCAGAUUUGAUAUCAGCACUUGGAAAACUUAAUAAGGUUUUACAAAAUAAUGCAAAGUACCAAGUAGUACCCAAAAAGCUGACCAUAGGCAAACGCCUAGCUCAAUGUCUACAUCCAGCAUUACCAGGUGGAGUUCAUCGGAAGGCGCUUGAAACAUAUGAAAUUAUCUUCAAAAUAAUUGGACCUAAGCGACUUGCCAAAGAUCUUUUUUUAUAUAGUUCUGGAUUAUUUCCUCUUCUUGCAAAUGCUGCCAUGUCUGUGAAACCAACAUUGCUCAGUUUGUAUGAGAUAUAUUAUCUGCCUUUGGGUAAAACACUGAAACCUGGUCUACAGGGAUUGCUUACUGGUAUUCUUCCUGGCUUAGAAGAAGGAUCAGAGUACUAUGAGAGAACAAAUAUGUUGUUGGAAAAGGUUGCUGCUGCUGUGGACCAGUCAGCAUUCUACAGUGCCCUGUGGGGUAGUCUUCUCACCAGUCCUGCUGUGCGUUUACCUGGAAUCACGUAUGUUCUUGCCCAUUUAAACAGGAAGCUUUCUAUGGAAGAUCAACUUUAUAUAAUUGGCAGUGAUAUUGAGCUAAUGGUAGAAGCAGUAAGUACUUCAGUGCAGGACUCAAGUGUACUUGUACAGAGAAGCACACUGGACCUCAUACUCUUCUGUUUUCCAUUCCACAUGAGUCAGGCCACUCGACCGGAUAUGAUCAGGAUCUUGUCAGCAGCCCUUCAUGUAGUGCUAAGGAGGGAUAUGUCUCUGAAUCGAAGACUUUAUGCAUGGCUUCUUGGUUUUGAUAACAACGGUGCUAUCAUAGGACCCAGAAGCACAAGACACAGUAAUCCUGAAGAACAUGCCACUUACUACUUCACUACCUUUUCAAAAGAAUUAUUAGUCCAGGCAAUGGUGGGAAUCUUACAAGUGAAUGGAUUUGGAGAAGAGAACACUCUAAUGCAGGAUCUAAAGCCUUUUCGCAUUUUAAUCAGUUUACUGGACAAACCUGAGCUAGGACCUGUAAUUCUAGAAGAUGUCCUGAUUGAAGUGUUUAGAACAUUAUAUUCUCAAUGCAAAGCAGAGUUGGAUCUUCAAACUGAACCACCCUUCAGCAAGGAUCAUGCUCAGUUAAGCAGUAAAUUAAGAGAAAAUAAGAAAACAGCAGAGCUGAUUAAAACUGCUAACCUUCUCUUUAAUUCCUUCGAACCUUAUUAUAUGUGGGAUUAUGUUGCACGUUGGUUUGAAGAAUGUUGUAGGAGGACACUGCAUGCGAGACUUCAGAUUGGACCUGGAGAUAGUAAUGACUCAUCUGAAUUACAGCUGACCAAUUUCUGCUUACUGGUGGAUUUUUUGUUGGACAUAGUUUCUUUGCCUACUAGAAGUAUGAGGGUGCUGUGUCAGGAGACUUACAUUGAAAUCCAGACAGAACACUUGCCCCAGUUGCUGCUCAGAAUGAUUUCUGCCUUGACAAGCCAUCUCCAGACAUUGCACUUAUCUGAACUCACAGAUUCUCUCAGACUCUGCUCAAAGAUCCUUAGCAAGGUUCAGCCUCCACUGUUAUCUGCUAGCACUGGAGGUGUUUUGCAGUUUCCAAGUGGGCAGAACAAUUCAGUCAAAGAGUGGGAAGACAAAAAGGUAUCAUCAGUUUCUCAUGAAAAUCCUACUGAAGUGUUUGAAGAUGGAGAAAAUCCACCAAGUAGUCGAUCAUCAGAGAGUGGAUUCACUGAGUUUAUACAAUAUCAAGCAGACCGAACUGAUGAUAUUGACAGAGAACUGAGUGAGGGCCAGGGGGCAGCUGCCAUCCCAAUUGGUAGCACAUCCUCUGAGACAGAAACAGCAUCCACUGUGGGAUCUGAAGAAACCAUCAUCCAGACCCCUUCCGUAGUCACUCAGGGGACAGCAACCCGAAGUGGGAAGACAGCCCAAAAGACUGCAAUGCAGUGCUGCUUGGAGUAUGUCCAACAGUUUCUUACCAGACUUAUCAACCUCUACAUCAUUCAGAAUAACUCUUUUUCUCAGUCUUUGGCUACAGAACAUCAAGGGGAUCUUGGUCGAGAACAAGGAGAGACUUCAAAAUGGGACAGAAAUUCACAAGGAGAUGUAAAAGAGAAAAACAUAAGUAAACAAAAAACUUCUAAAGAAUACCUGUCUGCCUUCCUUGCUGCCUGUCAGCUCUUCCUAGAGUGCUCAAGUUUCCCAGUUUACAUUGCUGAGGGGAACCAUACAUCAGAGUUACGUUCUGAAAAAUUGGAGACUGACUGUGAGCAUGUGCAGCCUCCACAGUGGCUCCAGACUCUGAUGAAUGCUUGCAGCCAAGCAAGUGAUUUCAGUGUUCAGAGUGUUGCUAUUUCACUAGUUAUGGACCUGGUGGGACUGACACAGUCUGUGGCCAUGGUCACUGGGGAAAACAUCAACAGUGUAGAGCCUGCACAACCCUUAAGUCCAAACCAGGGAAGAGUAGCUGUGGUUAUUAGACCUCCCCUCACUCAGGGCAAUCUGAGGUACAUAGCUGAGAAGACUGAAUUUUUCAAGCAUGUAGCUUUAACAUUGUGGGACCAGUUGGGAGAUGGGACACCUCAGCAUCACCAGAAGAGUGUGGAACUAUUUUAUCAAUUACAUAACUUAGUUCCUUCUUCUAGCAUCUGUGAGGAUGUUAUAAGUCAGCAGUUAACCCAUAAAGAUAAGAAAAUAAGGAUGGAAGCACAUGCCAAGUUUGCAGUUCUUUGGCAUCUAACGAGAGAUCUCCAUAUAAAUAAAUCUUCAUCUUUUGUACGUUCUUUUGACAGGUCACUGUUCAUCAUGUUAGAUAGCCUUAACAGUCUCGAUGGUUCUACUAGCUCUGUGGGACAAGCCUGGCUGAACCAAGUCCUACAAAGACAUGAUAUUGCACGAGUUUUGGAACCAUUGCUAUUGCUCCUGCUUCAUCCAAAAACUCAGAGGGUUUCAGUACAGCGUGUACAAGCAGAACGUUAUUGGAAUAAGUCUCCCUGUUAUCCAGGAGAGGAGAGUGACAAGCAUUUCAUGCAAAAUUUUGCCUGCAGCAAUGUGAGCCAAGUACAACUCAUCACAUCAAAAGGAAAUGGUGAAAAGCCACUUACCAUGGAUGAAAUAGAGAACUUUAGUCUCACUGUGAAUCCAUUAAGUGACAGACUUUCCCUCCUAAGUACCAGCAGUGAGACAAUUCCAAUGGUUGUGUCUGAUUUUGAUCUUCCAGACCAACAGAUAGAAAUACUUCAGAGUUCUGACUCGGGAUGUUCACAGUCCUCUGCUGGGGACAACUUGAGUUACGAAGUUGAUCCUGAAACCGUGAAUGCCCAAGAGGAUUCUCAAAUGCCCAAGGAAAGCUCCCCAGAUGAUGAUGUUCAGCAGGUAGUGUUUGACCUGAUAUGUAAAGUUGUAAGUGGCCUCGAAGUGGAAUCUGCAUCAGUUACAUCUCAAUUAGAAAUUGAAGCUAUGCCCCCAAAGUGCAGUGAUAUAGAUCCAGAUGAAGAGACAAUUAAAAUUGAAGAUGACUCCAUUCAACAGAGUCAGAAUGUUUUGCUGAGUAAUGAAAGUUCUCCGUUUCUGUCUGUGUCUGCAGAGGGAGGCCAUGAGUGUGUGGCAAAUGGAAUCUCCAGGAAUAGCUCCUCACCUUGUAUUUCAGGAACCACACACACUCUUCAUGACUCUUCUGUUGCUUCCAUAGAAACUAAAUCUAGACAAAGGAGUCACAGUAGUAUUCAAUUCAGCUUCAAAGAAAAAUUAUCAGAAAAAGUUUCGGAGAAGGAAACAAUAGUUAAGGAGUCAGGUAAACAACCAGGAGCAAAACCUAAAGUAAAACUUGCCAGAAAAAAGGAUGAUGACAAGAAAAAAUCUUCAAAUGAAAAACUCAAACAAACCAGUGUAUUCUUCAGUGAUGGUCUGGAUUUAGAGAACUGGUAUAGCUGUGGAGAGGGAGACAUUUCUGAAAUUGAGAGUGACAUGGGUUCUCCAGGAUCUCGAAAAUCUCCCAAUUUCAACAUUCAUCCUCUCUAUCAACAUGUGCUCCUGUAUCUCCAGUUGUAUGAUUCAUCCAGGACUUUGUAUGCUUUCUCUGCCAUCAAAGCCAUCUUGAAAACUAACCCUAUAGCUUUUGUAAAUGCCAUUUCAACUACUAGUGUAAAUAACGCAUAUACUCCUCAGUUGUCUCUCCUUCAGAAUCUAUUGGCUAGACACCGGAUUUCUGUUAUGGGCAAAGAUUUUUAUAGUCACAUUCCAGUGGACUCAAAUCAUAACUUCCGGAGUUCUAUGUACAUAGAAAUUCUUAUUUCUCUCUGUUUAUAUUACAUGCGUAGCCAUUACCCAACUCAUGUCAAGGUUACUGCACAAGAUUUAAUAGGCAAUCGAAACAUGCAAAUGAUGAGCAUAGAAAUUCUGACACUACUCUUCACUGAGCUGGCGAAAGUAAUAGAAAGCUCAGCGAAGGGUUUCCCUAGUUUUAUUUCUGAUAUGUUAUCUAAGUGCAAAGUUCAGAAAGUGAUUCUUCAUUGUUUGCUGUCAUCUAUCUUUAGUGCUCAGAAAUGGCAUAGUGAAAAAAUGGCAGGUAAGAACCUGGUUGCUGUGGAAGAAGGUUUCUCAGAGGACAGCCUUAUUAAUUUCUCAGAGGAUGAAUUUGACAAUGGCAGCACGUUGCAGUCACAACUUCUUAAGGUGCUUCAGAGGCUGAUUGUUCUAGAACACAGAGUAAUGACUAUUCCUGAAGAGAAUGAAACAGGUUUUGAUUUUGUUGUAUCUGACUUAGAACACAUCAGUCCCCAUCAACCCAUGACUUCUCUUCAGUAUUUGCAUGCUCAGCCAAUCACGUGUCAAGGCAUGUUCCUCUGUGCAGUGAUACGAGCUUUGCAUCAGCACUGUGCAUGUAAGAUGCACCCACAAUGGAUUGGUUUAAUCACAUCUACUCUGCCUUACAUGGGAAGAGUUCUACAGAGAGUGGUUGUUUCUGUGACACUACAACUGUGCAGAAAUUUAGAUAAUCUAAUUCAGCAGUACAAAUACGAAACAGGAUUAUCUGAUAGUAGGCCUCUGUGGAUGGCAUCAAUUAUUCCACCAGAUAUGAUUCUUACUCUUUUGGAAGGGAUUACAGCCAUUAUCCAUUACUGUUUGUUGGAUCCAACUACACAGUAUCACCAACUUUUGGUCAGUGUAGACCAGAAACACUUGUUUGAAGCACGCAGUGGAAUCCUCUCAAUCCUUCAUAUGAUCAUGUCCUCUGUGACACUGCUUUGGAGCAUACUGCAUCAAGCUGAUUCUUCAGAAAAGAUGACUAUUGCCGCAUCCGCAUCUGUUACCACUAUUAAUCUUGGAGCUACAAAGAACUUGAGACAACAGAUUCUUGAAUUGUUGGGCCCCAUUUCAAUGAAUCAUGGUGUUCACUUUAUGGCUGCCAUUGCAUUUGUGUGGAAUGAAAGAAGACAGAAUAAAACAAACACCAGGACCAAGGUCAUUCCUGCAGCCAGUGAAGAACAGCUUUUAUUAGUGGAAUUGGUUCGUUCAAUCAGUGUCAUGAGAGCAGAAACUGUUAUCCAGACUGUAAAAGAAGUUUUAAAGCAGCCACCAGCCAUAGCCAAGGACAAGAAACAUCUUUCUUUGGAAGUCUGCAUGCUUCAGUUUUUCUAUGCUUAUAUUCAAAGAAUUCCAGUGCCCAAUUUAGUGGAUAGCUGGGCGUCACUGUUGAUACUUCUGAAAGACUCUAUACAACUGAGUCUUCCAGCUCCAGGGCAGUUUCUUAUACUUGGGGUUCUGAAUGAGUUUAUUAUGAAAAACCCUAGUUUGGAAAAUAAAAAAGACCAAAGAGACCUUCAGGAUGUAACUCACAAAAUAGUGGAUGCAAUUGGUGCAAUUGCUGGUUCUUCUCUGGAACAGACAACAUGGCUGCGACGAAAUCUUGAAGUUAAGCCUUCUCCCAAAAUAAUGGUAGAUGGAACCAAUUUGGAAUCUGAUGUUGAAGAUAUGUUAUCACCUGCAAUGGAAACCGCAAACAUAACUCCUUCUGUAUAUAGUGUCCAUGCAUUGACAUUACUCUCUGAGGUUUUGGCUCAUCUUUUGGAUAUGGUUUUCUAUAGUGAUGAAAAGGAGCGGGUUAUUCCUUUACUUGUAAAUAUUAUGCAUUAUGUUGUGCCCUACCUCAGAAAUCACAGUGCACAUAAUGCCCCUAGUUAUCGAGCUUGUGUCCAGCUGCUCAGCAGUCUUAGUGGGUAUCAGUACACACGGAGAGCUUGGAAAAAAGAAGCUUUUGACCUCUUUAUGGAUCCCAGUUUCUUUCAGAUGGAUGCCUCUUGUGUUAAUCAUUGGAGAGCAAUUAUGGACAAUCUGAUGACACAUGAUAAAACAACAUUUAGAGAUUUGAUGACUCGUGUAGCAGUGGCUCAAAGCAGUUCACUUAAUCUCUUUGCAAACCGUGAUGUGGAGCUAGAACAGAGAGCUAUGCUUCUUAAAAGAUUAGCAUUUGCUAUUUUUAGCAGUGAAAUUGACCAGUACCAGAAAUAUCUUCCAGAUAUACAAGAGAGACUGGUUGAGAGUCUCCGUUUGCCACAGGUGCCAACUCUCCAUUCUCAAGUGUUCCUGUUUUUCAGAGUGUUACUUUUAAGAAUGUCUCCCCAACAUCUUACCUCACUCUGGCCUACCAUGAUUACAGAACUUGUACAAGUAUUUUUACUGAUGGAGCAGGAACUCACUGCUGAUGAAGAUAUUUCACGGACUUCAGGGCCCUCUGUGGCUGGUCUGGAGACAACGUACACAGGAGGUAAUGGCUUCUCUACUUCAUAUAACAGCCAGCGGUGGUUAAACCUCUAUCUCUCUGCUUGCAAAUUUUUGGAUUUGGCUCUCGCAUUGCCCUCUGAAAACCUUCCUCAGUUUCAGAUGUACCGAUGGGCCUUUAUUCCAGAAGCCUCAGAUGAUUCAGGUUUGGAAGUCAGAAGGCAGGGUAUACAUCAACGAGAAUUUAAACCUUACGUGGUACGACUAGCAAAACUUCUUCGGAAAAGAGCAAAGGACAAGGAGGAGGACUUUAAGACAGUGAUUUUGGAGGGAUUGGAGAUGGCCAAGCAUCAGAAAAAUCCAGAGGAAGACAACUCAGGGAGAACAUUGGGUUGGGAGCCAGGGCACUUGCUGCUCACCAUCUGCACCGUGCGCAGUAUGGAGCAGCUCCUGCCGUUCUUCAAUGUGCUCAGUCAAGUCUUCAACAGCAAAGUCACAAGCCGAUGUGGAGGACACUCAGGGAGUCCUAUCCUCUACUCAAAUGCCUUCCCUAAUAAGGACAUGAAACUGGAGAACCACAAACCAUGUUCCAGCAAAGCCAGGCAAAAAAUAGAAGAGAUGGUAGAAAAAGAUUUUCUGGAAGGGAUGAUAAAAACUUGAGCACCACUGCUGGUUCCAUUUAGCUUACAUGUAAAUAUAAUUAUUUAAAACACACACACUGCUCUGCGUUGUAUAGUUUUUCCUUUUUUGUAUGUAACAGAACACAUUUCAGGUUGUAUUUAAUUUAAAUAUUUGUAUAUAAGAGCAAAUGUCUGAAUGUGGCCUGAAUCAAGUUUAAAUAUUGUUGGCUCAUACUGAUUAUGGUGCCUAAGAGAGCUAUAUAUAUACACAUGUAAAGUCCAUUGUUUUUAUUGUCCUGAGUUGUCUUAAACCUGCAAAAUAUACACUACCCAUUUUUUUUUC